AUGUCCAACUAUGCUAAAUUCAUGAAAGAUCUAUUAUCAAGAUCAAGAAAGCAUAAGUUGCGGGAAUGUGAGACAGUAACUCUGACAGAGGAAUGCAGUGUCAUUAUCCAAAAGAAGUUACCUACCAAACUCAAGGAUCCAGGGAGCUUCAGCAUUCCAUGCACCAUAGGCAAGGUUGAAGUAAAUAAUGUACUAUAUGAUCUUGGUGCCAGUAUUAAUGUCAUGCCACUAUCUAUAAUGAAGAAGCUGGGGAUCGCUGAAGUAAAGCCAACCAAGACAAUCUUGCAACUUGUUGAUCGCUCAACGAAGCAAGCUUAUGGCAUCAUUGAGGAUAUACUGGUAAAGGUUGACAAGUUCAUCAUUCCAGUUGAUUUUGUCAUCCUUGAUAUUGAGGAAGAUGCCACAAUUUCAAUGAUCUUCGGAACACCCUUCUUGACAACCUCAUGA